AUGCACUUCUGUGGCAGUUUGCUGUUUUCCUGCCUGCUGUUCAUCACUCUGCUCCACUGCAGCGUCCAACAGCAGAGAGUAGACUGGCCCGCCUGGAGGGCUCGGGCAGCUCUUCAGACUCAUCCUGGAGAGGUGAAGCCAGGGGAGGAGCUGAUGGCAAAGCUGCUCCGAUUGGACGACGUAGUGAGGAUGGAAAAUGAUGUCAUGGAGCCAAAGAGGAAGAGGAGUUUCCCCGGGAACAAUGCCCCACUGGACCGCCUGUCAAUCAGCUCCAUGGAGACCAAACAGGGAACAAGCAAGCAGAGUAAGUCUGUGGAGUUGCCACGGCGGAGGGCCAAUCCUCCUCCCAUCGACAGGAUCGGGAUGAGUCGUCUACCAAACAGUCGAGGAUAG